AAAGCUAUUAAUAUCCUUGAAUGAAGAUUUUAUCUUUGAUCAAAAUUCUAUGUUUGUCUCAUUUCCCCUCUCUAUAUAUUUCCAUGAUUUGGGUUCAUAUUUCCGGAAGAAAUAGAGAGAAAGAAAAAAAAAAAUAAAAAAAAAAAUCUGCUUACUGCUGAAUUUUACUUUCAACGAUGUCUAAGGUAUUCUUGUUGUUUUGUUUUCUCAUGGGGCUUCUGCUCCUUUCUCAGGCACAUGAAAAUGGUGAGAAGAUUGGAGUUUAUGAACUGAAGCGAGGAAAUUUCGAGCUGAGGUUGACAAACUAUGGUGCCACCAUUAUCUCUGUCGUAAUCCCUGACAAACACGGGAAUUUAGCUGAUGUUGUUCUUGGCUACGAUUCCAUUGAUUCGUACAAGAAUGAUACAAGUUACUUUGGUGCCCUUAUUGGACGUGUGGCAAAUAGGAUUGGAGGAGCUCAAUUCACUUUGGAUGGCAAAACCUACAAAUUGCCUGCUAAUGAUCACGGGAACACACUCCACGGUGGCACCAGAGGGUUUAGUGAUGUUGUAUGGACAGUAAAAUCUCACAAGAAAGAUAGUCAUAUAACAUUUACCUACAACAGUUUUGAUAAUGAAGAAGGCUUUCCUGGAAAGCUUGAUGUCUCUGUGACUUACAUGUUCAUUGGAACAAACAAAUUGGGUGUGAAAAUGAUUGCCAAGCCGGUAGACAAAGACACACCAGUGAAUCUAGCGCAGCAUACUUACUGGAACCUGAGGGGUCACAACAGUGGUGACAUUCUUUCUCACAUUGUUCAGAUCUUUGGCUCACAGAUUACACCAGUGGACAAGGAUCUCAUCCCCACUGGAAAAUUCGAGUCUGUAAAGGACACCCCAUAUGAUUUCCUUGAACCAAAAGAAGUUGGAAGCCAAAUUCAUGAGCUUCCUGGUCUCUAUGACAUGAACUAUGUGGUGGACAAAAGUGGCCAAGAGCACUUAAGUAAAGUGGCUGUGGUGAGAGAUCCUGUCUCUGGGAGGAAAAUGGAACUCUGGUCAAACCAACUUGGUGUGCAGUACUAUACUAGCGGCAUGUUGAAGGAUACCAAGGGCAAGGAUGGGGCCAUAUACCACAAGUAUGCUGGCAUUACCUUGGAGACACAGGGUUUCCCAGAUUCCUUGAAUUACCCAAAUUUCCCAUCCCAGAUUGUGCAUCCUGGGGAGAUAUACAAGCACUACAUGGUUUACAGAUUCACAGCUAACUAAAUGGAUUUCUGAAUUUAAUCAGAACUGCAGUGCAAUAUAACUUGAAGUUUGGCAAAUAAUGAUUUUCAAUCUUCUUCUCUCUUGCUUAGCUCUUGCUUUUUCCUUUUGAUGCAUUUCUGUUGCUAAGAUUAGUUUUCCAAAAAGACUUUUUAACUUUUCUUCCUCAGGGGAAUCUCAAUUAUUGAAAAAUAUGUGUUUUGUUCGUUUUUAGGUCCUAUGCAACCAUUCAUGGAUAGUCAAGCAUUUUAAAAAAAUUCUACCGAUAGUGUUUUUUACCACAUCCUAAGAAGAUAAUAAUACUUUAUUGGAAU